CUUGUUUAUCCACAUGAGAAAGGUAUGUCUGUUUCCGUUUCUUCCUUUGAAUGUCUUUAAUGUAUUCUCUUCCCCUUUUUUUCUCUCUAUCACCCUGUCCUCUUUAAUCUGAAAGGGCAUGGAUUAAUCCCGCUCCGUUCGUGUCCUCUUAAUUCUCCCUUUAAAACUCUUCACACUGUAGAUGAAGUCAUUUGAAUGCUCGUGCAACAUGUUGACAUGAGACAGAGAGAGAGAAAGGGGGGAGGGAAGGCCGAGUGACAGAAGAGGAAUGAGGGGGGGAUUAAAAGCACCGCGUGAAGAGGCGAGAGUGAUGCUGUUUCUGUGGAGUGACACAUAAGCGAGCUGUGUUCAGUGCGCUCCACUUUGGCUCGGUCAUCUAGUUUGUUUUUGUUUUGGGAAGAUCAUUUGGAAACGUGUUCAGUUUGGUUUGGGUCAGUGGAGAUGACCAUGAAUGGAUGAGGGCCGUUCCUCUUUUUCCAUCUCUGUUUUAUCCAAUAUGACGACUAUUAACCAGAAUGGGAAUCUCAGAGGGAUUUUUUAGCUUGUGAGCUUGAACUUGACUUUAGAAGUCCACAGAAGAAGAGCGCAGGGAAAUAGGAACAUAGAAGAGUGACAGGGGAGGCCUGGUAAUGGGGAACAAACCAUCUCUGAAAGAUAAAAUGAAGAAGCGGGUGAUACACUGGCCCUUCCAUCGUAAGGUGAGGGCAAUGAGCCAGCAGCUGGAGGGAGAUGAGGAUUUGGAUGUAGAGGAUAAACCGUUCAAGGAGUCCCUCGGUGCGCUGGUGAAGAACUGCAACAUGCUGCACAACAUCGUCGGCCCGGCCUGCAUCUUCCUUAAACAGGGCUUUGCUCAGACGCUCGAUAGAGAGCUGCGGCCAGAGGAGAUCGAAGAGCUCCGUGAGGCAUUUGUGGAGUUUGAUAAGAAUAAAGAUGGCUACAUCAGUCACAAAGACCUGGGCGAGUGUAUGAGGACUAUGGGAUACAUGCCUACAGAGAUGGAGCUCAUUGAACUGAGCCAGCAGAUCUGUGGAGGUAAAGUGGACUUUGAGGACUUUGUAGAGCUGAUGGGACCCAAGAUGCUGGCAGAGACAGCAGACAUGAUCGGAGUCAAAGAAUUGCGAGAUGCAUUCAAAGAGUUUGACUCUAAUGGUGAUGGCCAGAUCAGUUUAACGGAGCUGCGUGAGGCCAUGAAGAAGCUGAUGGGAGAGCAAGUGACUAACAGAGAGAUCAACGAGAUCCUCAAAGACGCUGACCUGAACGGAGAUGGCCUGGUGGACUUUGAAGAGUUUGUGCGAAUGAUGUCCCGCUGACCACUCCACGUGUCAGACAGACAUUAUGCAACUGCUGGCUAAGCAUCACACUACUCUGUAGUGGACAUCCUUCAUUUGCUCUUAAGAGCAUGCAUCUCAAAUUAUAUUUUUGUAUUAAAAAGUAAUGAAACAAAAAAACUGUUAUAGCUAACAAAGACUGCACAUGUACGAAUUUAAAGGUGUAAUAUGUACAGUAGAUAAAUAUGUCAAACAUAUCAGCAGCUUCACAUUUACGAUUUUCAGUUUUUUAGAAGUAUUUUUAUAUGAGUGUUUGUUCUUCGAGUGUAAAAGCUUGUUUGCAAAAUCAUAGACAUGUUUUUAAUUAAUAA